CCUCUACGUCGACCUGAUCGACGAUUGCUUUAGCUCAUAUUCUUGCAUCUUCGUCUGUCGAAUUGGUUGCUUGGUACGCUUUAUUGACCAUGAACAUGCAGCAAGAACACAGAAACCUUGCCAUCGCAGACGAUGCAUCCUUCAUUUCAAAAGGAUCAGCCGAGGCCGUCAAUAUGAUCUUGAACGAAGCUAUCGAUAUCAAAGAAGAUACAAUGAUUCUCGAAUUUGACUUCAACGAGAAGGACGGCGCUGUUGACGGAGGAGAGCUGGAGGGGCUCAUGGACCCGCUCGAUGAUCUAGAAAACGAUGACGACGAUAUAAAGGACGUUGGCAGAAACGAGACGAAGAACGAAUCAGACAAUGGGGAGAACAAGUCGGAAACGCAACCCAGUCAAUGGCAAACGGUCUUUGAACCAGAAACGGGCGAUCAUCGUAUGCACAUGAUCCCUGCUAGCGUUUCUCAGGAUUCGUCGUCUUCGGUAUCAACACUCGAAGAAACAGUCAUCUCGCUGGAAGAUGACGAUGUCGCAUCUCUCAUGAACGGAGAAAUCUUGGAACCCAAGUUCGAACGACCUGUGACUGCAGGAUGGUGGGACACUCGAGGAGCACCCCCGCCUACUGGCGACACCGACUUGAUUCGUCAUAUGAUUGGUUACCUCCAGCACACGGAGAGAGACCAAAAAGUGUUUCUGGAAGCGGAUCGGAUUGUGCGGGAGUGUCAUUUCAAUCAUCAUAGCGGGGACCAUCGUUUCCAGAACCUCGCAGGUUGCAUCUUUGAGCGACUCAUCAAGUUGCUGGGAGCGGACAAGUUUCACGACAUUUAUCACCGCGUCAAAAGCUACAGCUACCGACAGUAUCAUGAUCAUCAUCACCAAUACCCAUGGAGCUACGUGUCUGGUGGCCCAGGCAUCCUAGAACUGGGUAUUGCCUAUGGGAUCCAUUUGGCUCGGACCCAUCAGGACCAAUCGACGGAACGCCCGCUUCACGUCAUUCAGAAAGGAGCAUCUACACUGUACGAUAUGAAAGAAGACGAACGUGCCAUGUUUUGGAACUACAUGACGGGACAAGGAAAGUGAGCCCUGUAGGCCUCGUGGUCUCUCUUGAAUAGCAAAACGGACUGCACCAUUAAGCAGCGAAGCAGGAGAUUGAAAAGUUCUGAGAGGAACUGGAUCUAUAGAAUUGGACAUCGUAGCACAAAAGAGUUUGUUCAAGUUUCAUUAUGUUUGUUUCCUCAAGAACGCAUGAUAUGUCUUAAUUCCCGUCCUCUGCAUGAGAUGGCCCAUCGUUCGUACAAAGUAUGUUCACUAUAAUAUCUUUAUUCACAAUUCGAAUC